CGUUCCGCUAUAGAUUUCCGCUCAAUGGAACGUCGCCCUUACUGUUACAAUUCGGGCCUAAGUCUAUGGUUUGAACCCCCUGAAGAUCACCAAACCAAACCAAACCAACCAAACAUUACCGCAGGACUUGGGAGAGUUUUAGCGCGGGUUUAGUUCAUCGCGACUUACAAAAAACAUGAAUGAUAUCAGCCACGCAGAUAUGUUGGCCACUGAUACAACGCGACUGCCAACCGAUUCUGGUUUUAGCGAAUUGCUUAGAUCGGCAGAGCAAUUGUCUGCCGCUGUUGAGGGAAACGAAGAUCUACCGCAAGUCGAAAGAAAUCUUCGACAAAUAUUGGAGGCUUCUAACGAACUAUGGUCUCGCGUGACACAAGCCAGCACGCAAGACAACGAAGCGCAGGCCCAUGUUUUAUUAGGAUCCAGAGGAGUAGAUUUGUCUCAAAUAUCACAAAAGUUAAACUCACUCAGUGCAAGACGUACAUUUGAGCCCUUAGAUCCUAUAGCUGAUACUGACAUUGUUAACUAUCUCAGAAAUGAAAAAGAAAAUGCAAUUCUUUCUAUCAUUGAACAGGUUCAUAAAGAUACAUUUGAACUUACAAGAACUCAACAAAUGGAACAUAUGUUGGGUGAGUGGAAGCAGAUGCGUUAUGAGAUAGUAAAUUCUAUGACUGCUCCAUCUGGUGAGCUGGUAGAUCUGCGUGGAGCACCACAACGUACAAAAUUAGCUGGUUCAAUGGUUAGUGGUCUUUCUAGCAUAGAAGUUUCAUAUGUGAAAGAACUGCAGAAUUAUAAUGAUCAUGUGCUCAGAGGUAUAACAAGACCUAGUUUAUUUGCUGCAUUCUGCAAAGCCUCUGAGUCUUUUAAUGACAAAAAAAUUGUGGAUUUAUGGCAAAUGGUGAAGUGCAUGGUUGAUAUUCCACCAACACCUAGAGGAGAUCAAAUUAAAUCCAGAAGUAGUCCGGCAAUUGAACAGAAAAUUGUUUCACAAGCCAAAAACUAUCUAGAAAACCGAUAUAGAGACUUUAUGAAUUCUAUCAUCAGUGAAAAUUUGGCACAAGCAAAACGAGGUGGCAUUCCAGGCACCAUACCUCUAGUGAAAAGUUUUGUAAGUGUCAAAGUGCAAAAUUUGAGAGAUUUAGAAGAUGUUGUAAUUGAUAAGAAGCCAUUAUGGCCUCUAGUGUACUACUGUAUGCGAUCUGGAGAUUACAAUGCAGCCUUACAAUGUUUGAACCAAUGCAGCACGGAAUUUCUGAAAAGUUGUGUGGAAUUUAAAACAGCUCUAGAAGAAGCUUGCAGUGAUCCGCAACAUCAUCCAAGUAGUCGUGCAGAAUCCAUUUUAAAGAUGCAUUACAGAAAGCAAGUGCGAUCCGUUAGUGAUCCUUACAAGCGAGCAGCAUAUUGCGCUUUAGUUCCUUGUGAACCGGAUGAUUUGCAUUCCGAAGUGAUAUCGACAGCUGACGAUUAUUUAUGGUUAAAAUUGUGCCAAGUGAGAGAUCAGGCUGAUAUUGAAAAUAAAUUAACAUUGGACUAUUUGCAGACUACAAUCUCAGAAAUUUAUGGAGAAACUUAUUAUCACGCGCACGAGCAGCCGUUCUUAUAUUUUUCCAUGUUGUUCUUGACCGGCCAAUUUGAAGCAGCGAUUGAAUUUCUAGCCACUGGUGCUGGUGCAAGACAUCUGCCACACGCAGUGCAUCUGGCAGCUGCUAUGCACGAACACAAUUUGUUGGCUGUCAGCCAAAGUGUUCUAGCGCCUCUGAUAAGUGUAGAUCCUGCAGAUAAACCACCAGCAAAAAGACUGAAUUUUGCUAGAUUGAUAUUGUUAUAUGUGAAGAGAUUUGAAUUAUCAGAUCCGAAAGAGAGCCUUCAUUACCUAUUUUUAUUAAGAUGCAUGAAGGAUCCGUAUGAUCGCAAUAUGUUCGCCGCGUCUGCUGCAGAAAUGGUAGUAGACGCCUCUCCUGCAAAUCGAAUUUUGCUAGUUGGUAAAUUGGAGAGAGAUCGGAGACUUCCGGGAAUUCUAGAUUUGUUUCAAAUCAAUACGGACGAUGUGAUAAAUAUUAGCGCCGAGACAUUGUAUAGAAAAGGUCUUUUGGAAGACGCAGUUAUGAUGUACGAUCUAGCUAGAAAUCAUGAAAAAGUUCUCAAUUUGAUGUGCACACUUCUGACGCAAGUUGUUAGUCAAAAAGGAUUACCUGGUUCUCUCAGAUCACGAUUGCAAGCAACAGCGAUGGAUAUUAGCACAAGAUAUAGAGACAUCGCAAUUCAAGCGCCCUCAGAGAUAGUUUCCUCGUUUUAUACAUUGAGGGAUCUUAUGGUUUUCUUUGAUCAAUUUCAUAAUGAGCAAUAUCAGAGUGCGCUCAGGACGAUUGCGGAUUCAAAGAUAUUGCCUCUUCACGUGAAAGAUGUCGCCGAAAGAGUAAACGCCUUGCGUCGAGUGUCGGCUGAAGUCGCUAGUACAUUCGCUGAUGUUCUGCUCGCUACCAUGACAAUAUUAUAUCGUCAGUAUCAGAAAUUGCGAGCAGCAGAGCCGGGCGACGAGAUAGCAAGGGAACAGCAGUUGCACGAUCUCCGUGAACAAGCUCGGGCGCUGACAAAUUUCGCAGGAACCUUGCCGUAUCGUAUGCCGAACGAAACAAAUGGAAAACUUGUUCAAAUGGAGAUACUUAUGCAUUAAUAUUUCUUCUUUUCUAAGUUUGUAAUACAAAUUUAUCUUUUACAGCUUAGAAUUAUUUAAACAAAUGUUCAUAUACUUCUCACUGAAAGUCGUACAUAUUAUUUCAAACGAUUUUUUUAUAUUCAAUUAUACGACCAAGUUUAUUUUAUUCUUCUUUGUUUAAAGUGUAUAAUGAGAUUGUACAUAUGAUCCAUCGAACUGCGCGUCAUAUGAACUGAAAAACAUAGCUUCUCUUAUUAUUUAAUAGUUUUAAAUCUCCCAGGUAUAUAGCGUUGUUACGAAAUUUGCCCAACACAAAAGACUCACUUGAAUUAUUUUUGUAAUUUAUUCUAUUUGUAAAUGCAUAAUAAAUAUGAAUUUUACAU